AUGGACUUGAGUAAGAAUGGAUUCUCUGGAAGCUUACCGACAUGGAUCGGAAAAAGCUUAUCGAAGCUGAUGAUUCUUGGCAUACGCUCAAACAGAUUCAGUGGCACCAUUCCCUCAGACUGGUGCCAUCUCAGUUCUCUUCAAGUCUUGGACCUUUCACAAAACAAUCUAUCAGGAACCAUACCAGGAUGCUUCAGCAACCUGACUGCAAUGACUUCAAUGAACAAAUCACAGGAUCCUAUUUCUCACCUAACAUAUGGUGGUGAUUUUGUAGAGGAAGCAACUUUCUUGACGAAAGGAAAAGAGCAAGAAUAUAACAAAAUCCUUCACCUUUUGGUGAGCAUGGACCUGUCAGGCAAUUAUUUAUCUGGAGAGAUACCUGGAGGACUAACAAGACUUCUGGGCUUGCUGUCCUUGAAUUUAUCUGGAAAUCAUUUGACAGGAAAGAUCCCUGAGAAGAUCGGUGACAUGGGAUCAUUAGAAUCCAUUGAUCUCUCACAGAACCAACUUUCAGGUGCAAUUCCUUCAAGCAUUUCGGUUUUAACCUUUCUGAGCUAUUUCAAUGUGUCAUAUAACAGGCUGUCAGGGAGGAUUCCAUCCAGCACUCAGCUCCAGAGCCUAAGCCCAUCCAGCUUUAUCGGCAAUGAACUCUGUGGACCUCCUCUCACAGAGAAAUGCCCCGAAGAUGACAAAUUUGAAGGUGACCCAGUUGCUGAAAAUAAUGAUGGAGACGAAGACUUUGAUGAUGAGUUUGAACUGAAGUCGUUCUAUCUUAGCAUGGCACUGGGUUUUGUUGUGGGUUUCUGGGUUGUAUGGGGUCCCUUACUGUUCAAAAGGUCGUGGAGAGCUGUCUACUUCCGAGGUGGUGGUGGAGGCUAUGGCGGUGGCGAUGCUGGUGGAGGCUAUGGAUCUAGCAGUGGCGGAAACUAUGGAACUGGUGGUGGUAGUGACUAUGCAGGUAUUGCUAGCGGGGGCUAUGGAGGUAGCAAUGGGGGCGGGGGUCACAAAAGCAGCGGUGGCAAUGGUGGAGAUUAUGGAGGAAGUGGUGGUGGAGGUGGUGGUGGUGGAGGUUAUGGGAGUGGCAGUAGGGGUAGUGGAAAUUAUGGAGGUAGAGGUGGCGAUGGGGGUGGAAAUUAUGGCUUUCAUAGGAUGGUGGUGGAGGUUGCAGCAAAAUGCACUCAAGAAUAG